AUGGGAGGAAGAAUGGAAGGUCUGGGCGCAAAAGGGAAGCUAGCGGCGGUGCUUUGGGUUGAGGGCUUCAGACAAGCCUGUUGCCUUCACCGUGUGCUUAUUCUCUGCCACAGGUCCAGAAAGCUUCUGAUACGCACGGGACAGUGUUUUCUGUUGAAUGGUUUCAUUUUCUUAGGAAGUAUACUUAUCCUUAACUCGUUCAUCAUCCCAGCUCUACACUGGAUAUUGCCUGCUAUGUGUCCAGAGUUUAGUUCUCAACAGUUAUGCUCAUUUGCUGGCAUUUGGGAAUUUUAUUCCAUCUUACGUCAUGGACUCGUACAGCUUUUUUAUGUAACUUGGUUGUAUCCAUUAUAUGUAUUCAGCUUUAUCCUGAGCAACAUCUGGUACAAUGAUAUUGCCAAGUAUGGAUUUUAUGCAAUGGGGAGACCUGUGAUUAAUAAAUUGGAUCCUGUCAGACAAAGUGAUGUGUUAACCUUCCAAAAUGCAGCUGGCCUUGAAAGAUCAACAGACCUAGGAUGGGUCAUGAUUGGAAUAGGAGAGCAGGUUUAUUCAGUGCUUCUUUUGAGCUGUUUCUUCUUAGAGGUAUAUGUGACAGGUUUUAUACCAUAUGUAGGCAAGGCAUUAAAUUUUCUGCUUCUUUCCUGGAUGUAUGCCUACUAUUGUUUUGAGUACAAAUGGAAUUUCUCUGAAAUCGGUCUGGACAAAAGGCUAGACUUCUUUGAAUCUAACUGGGCAUUUUUUGCUGGUUUUGGAAGCCCAUGUGUUCUACCUCUUUUCUUUUUCUCACCUCUUGUGAGCUAUGGGUGUAUGGCUAUACUCUUUCCGUUGUUUGUUUUGACAGCUACAGGCUCAGAAGCUGAGCAACUUAUUUCUUCUCGAAAAACAAGCUGGGGUGACGAAUGUUUCGGACGGCUUCAAAUAUUCAAGGCCGCAGAUAGUUUGUCAGAAGAGAAUGGACAAGAGAUCAAAGAAGAUGAGAACUGCAACAUAGUACUCGUUACCUUGUCUGCCACUGCCUUCCCAUCUAACGGAAUGGAAGAGGGACUAAGCUAUAAAAUGGAUCGAAACAUAUAUCCAAGUACAGAUCUGAUGUAGACCAAACAGCUGCAUAAUUCAUUGUAUAAUGAAUGAUCAUUAUACAAUGAAUCAGUAAUAAAUGGAACAAUCUUACAUUGUUCCAGAAUUAAGUAUUAAGUACUUAGUAUUAAGUAUGUUAUUUAUUAAGGGUUAGUGUUCGAUGCCUAGAGGGGAUGAAUCUGCAGAUUAGCCCCUAUAAAUAAGAGUUGUAAACUCAGUUUCUAGUAGUUUUAUGAUCAAUCUAAGUUUACCCUCACUCUCCUCUUUCUCUUCCCAACCCCUCUAAUCUGAUAUUUAGAAGGUUGAGACGUUAAUCUCUUCCUUUUCUUACUUCCGCUACGCCAAGAUCUGUUCACCUAUCUUUCAUAGCUUUUCCAUCGCUACUCCUAUGCUAUCUUAAAUCCUUCUGUUUUUUUCCAUCCAUAGGACUCAAAAGGCAGAGAACAUAGAACCAAAUUAACCAAAAGAUUGUCCUUCCAUUUUGCCAAAACCAAACUUAAUUUGACAGAGAGAGGGUGUCUCCAUUCUGGAUUUUCUGUUUUUAAAUUUUGAAUUCUUCCCUCUUAAAGUGGUUAAUUACCGAUCUGAGAUAUAGUAUACACGACACAUUUUUAACAUUUAAUUACGAAAUCCCAACAGAAAAAUUACUCACCUUACCAGGUGAAAAGGGAAUAUAAUUCCUUCCGGUUCACAAUCCUGGAUCAUAUAGUAAUUAUAUAAUUAGAGAAUCUACAAAGUUCACUGAAACUGUAAGCUUCAGAGCUACAUACUUUAGUACAAGAGUUGAUGGAAAUCCAAUAAUUAAGCUGUGCCAACCAUCAAUCAAAUAUAUAAGCAUUACCCACAAUGCCUCAGAAAAUCAACAGAACCUCAUGCAAAAUCUGAAAGAAAAAAAAAAAAAAGAAAAAAGCGUAGUGAGGUUUGGAUGGAAAGAAAGAAGACAAAAGUUGAACUGUUGAAGAAGUUAGCUCAAAGUUGAAAAGCAAGAAUCUGAAACAAAAGUUGUUAUCUAUCUUCACA